AUGCUGGGUCCGGUCUCGUUUGGACUCGGCCUCCGCGAUUCGGCACUUGCAAUUCUCUUCUUUAAUCUAUUGUCCACCUUGGCUCCGGCAUUUCUUUCUACUUGGGGCCCCAAGACAGGGAUGCGCCAGAUGAUCCAAGCUCGCUUUAGUUUUGGGUAUUACUUUGUGUACAUUCCGGUCAUUCUCAAUUUGGCAACCCUCACUGGAUUCUGUGUCAUUAUCUGUGUGAUUGGAGGACAAUGUCUCUCCGCAGUCUCGGAAGGCGACCUGUCGACUGCAGUUGGUAUUGUCUUGAUCGGCAUUUCGGCACUUUUGAUUUCCUUCUGCGGCUUCAACGUGCUACACUUUUAUGAGGGCUACGCUUGGAUGCCGGCCUUGGUCGCGAUUAUCAUUGCUGUAGGGUGCGGCGGUCAGCAGCUGAAGCAACAAGCUACGGCUGAGCCAGCAACGGCAUCUGGGGUUCUCAGCUUUGGUGGUGUCAUUGCAUCCUACAUGAUCCCAUGGGCUUGUAUCGCAUCUGAUUUAACAACCUACUUUGCCCCCACAAAGCGACUCGUAUCCUACCGCAUCUUUGCAUACAGCUAUCUCGGACUAGUUGUGCCGACUAUUUUGCUCAUGACUUUGGGUGCAGCCAUCGGCGGCGCUAUGAGUAAUAUCCCUGAGUGGCAAGACGGCUUCAACAGCACGUUGGUCGGUGGUGUCCUCGGAGCUAUGCUUUCCCCAGCCGGCGGCUUCGGCAAGUUUAUUCUUGUCGUUCUCGCCUUCACGUUGCUCGCCAACAUCUCAGGCACGAUGUAUGCGAUCACUCUGAACUUUCAGACUUUGGUCCCCGCAUUUCGAUUGCCACGAUACGUUUUCUCAGUCGUGGUGACUGCCAUCAUCAUCCCGAUUGCGAUUCGAGCAGCUCACGACUUCUUCCUCAGUCUCGAAAACUUCAUCGCGCUUAUCGGCUACUGGUCGGCUUCAUUUGUGGGAAUUGUGGUUGCUGAGCACUUCGUUUUCCGCCGCGCAAACCAUAACUUGUACGAGGCUGCUAUUUGGGAAGAGCCUUCAAAGUUGCCAUGGGGCGUCGCAGCCAUUGGAGCUGCUGCGCUAAGUUUUGCGCUGGUUGUUCCAUGCAUUUCUCAGGUUUGGUUCACGGGUCCCAUCGCAGUUUCAACGGGAGACAUUGGUUUCGAGGUUGCGUUCGUCCUGAGCGCUCUUCUAUACCUGCCUCUGCGUUAUGCCGAAAGGCGCUUUGUAGGACGAUGA